ACUGAUUUUAUCCGUCCGCCCGUCACGCGUGUUAUCAACUACGACGAUUAGCGAAUACGGCGGAAUUCCAACGAACGGCAACGCUAUCGCGUAGAGGUACGCGUAAUUGCGUACGUCAUGCAAACUUUAGACCGCACGCGUACCUAAUUAUUACCUAUUGUUACACAUUGUUACUACCGUAACGCCGUAGUGACUCACCGCGUUAUUGGGUUAUCGCGUACGGAAGAGGAAGACCGCAAAUUGCCCGCGAUUCGGUGCACAUUGCACCGGCCGAUAGUCCGACACCGUCAGUCACUUGUGUCGUCUGUCGCGCGGCCGUCCGGUUUUGGUCUCUUUUUUUUUUUUCACUUUUCGACCGUUUUAAUUGUUAUUACUAUUAUUAUAAUUUUUUUUUUUCUUCAAACAAAACCGCACCUACGCGAAUUUCCACCAUGGUGAAGAAAUUACUGGCGUUCACCGCUGAACUGGCAAAGUCUACCGCUCUGGUUUGCAACCGUAAUUGUAAGUUUAUUUUUUUCAAAACGAAUUGGUACCCGUAUUCUUGUUCGAAUUUCCUAACGUAUCCAACAACAAACGACAGAUCCGUACAAACGUGGUUGAAGUGUGUGGCCUUUGUGUCCGAGAGAAAAAAAUGUCAAAAUAUCGAAAAAUGUUUAAUAGAUUUUUUUUUUUUUUUCUCUAUGUACAGUCGUAGAAAACCCUCCAUCGGUCAGAUGUUCGAUUUUUCCAUUUUCAGUCCGUAUGCACGCGUACAUUUUUUUUUUUCACAUUUCGUUAUGAAAUUAUAAUACAUUUGUAGGUGUCUACUACUGUUUUUGAAAACAUGGUUUUUUUUUUUUAUCUAAUACCUAUAUUAUAGGUGCAUUAUGUACCUAUGAGUGUAAAUGUGAGAAGUGAAUUAUCGUAUACAUCAUUACGUAGGUAAUUCCAACUAUUUCAUGUUAUUUGGUAGUCUAAUUUAAUGGUUGCACUGUGAAAAUUAUAUAAAAUGUGUAGGUACCUACCUACCAUUAAAAAUUUGAAAAUUUGAUAUUAACUACAAACCUAUAAAACAAAUAUGUCGUAUUGAAAACUGUUCAUUUCAGGAACAACCCUAUUAAAAUAGCCAUUUUUAGGGCCACCAAAUUUAUGAAUUCCUUACAAAGUAUAUAAAAAAAAAUUCCACAAUAUUCAUGAAAUUCGGUCGGAAAGUCAAAAAAAUAUGAUCGAUGGAUGUUUUUCUAUGGCUGUAUACAAACAAAAAUUAUACGAGACGUUUAUCGAUAUUUUGACAUUUUUUUUUCUCAGACCCAAAAAUCAUAUUUUAACUAUUUUUAUGUAUACGAGUAAACAUUUUCAGAAAUAUUGCAGAAAAUGAUUUUAUAUAAAUACAUCAUAAAUUAGUUUCUUUUAUUGAAUUUUAGAUAAUAUUGAAUCAUCUAUUGGUUUUAUACUUUUAUAGUAUAUUAUUUUCCAUUAAUAACCUUUAAAAACACAAAAGCAAUGCACAUGUCAGCAAUCUAAAUAUUUGCUAUGUACUCUAGCAUUAAUAUUUAAAUUAUAAUAUUUCUCUAAUAGUUUUUAAAAUACAUGAAAUAUUCCCUUUAAAUGUGUAAACCAAAAUAAGCAGGUUGGUACUUAUCUUGAAUCCAGUUCUUGUAUCUCAAUUAUUGUUUUGAUCUAUAUUAUUUCUUAAAUAAACACAUAUAAAAUAUAUGGUGUAUUCUUCGAUGUCUACCUAGUUAGGUAGCUAAUGAAUUACCUAAACAUAAUAGAAUUAAUUAUUUAGACAAGUAAUACGAUUGUGGCAAUAUUUUUUAUGUAAUUAUUUACUGUUGAACAUUAGACGAAUAUUACCUAUCUGCCUACCUAUCUAAAAUACCAGGAACUAGGAAGUUAUACUUACCAUGGGCAAUUGCUACAUUGGUACAUAUUUUUCUAAAGUGUACAUUAUGACUAUUGGCAAAUAGGUCACUUGUUAUCAGUCGGUUUUUGAUUAAAUUCAAUUCACAAUAGAAUAUCCACACUUGAAAUAGUAUAAGUAUUUGUCUAUAUUUGUUUAAAAGUUAAUACAGUAGUUCAUAAAACCUAGUUAAAAUAAUAUUUUUUUAACUAGGUACGAAUUAUCAAAUAUUCAAGUAAAAUGUACUGAAUUUUUUCUUUUAGUGUAAUUAUAUUGAGAAAUAAUUUAAAAUUUUAAUUUCAACUAGGCACUGUAAGGCCUGGUAUAUGUGAGUUUCAUCUCCGUAAAUAGUGGACGUUUCGUUCCAACAAUAUUAACUGGUUGUAGGUAAAAAUGUCUGAUGAAAAAUGCCCUGUUUGUGUUCUGUAGGUAUAGCUAGAAUUAAUCCAAGGCGAUAAGAAUGGGUUUUACUUUAACAUUUACAAUGAUAUUUAUAAUUUCUACUGGUUUUACUUUUGAUUAGAUCCGAUAUUAUGAAGUGUUGUACAAUUUAUACAAUUUUCUUUUUACUUUGUGUACAAAUGUCUAUUGAGCUUCUGUAUCUGUAAUCAAUAUUGAUAAAUAAUAAUACGGUUUAUUGCUUUACAUUAACAUCAUUUUCUAAUCAGUUGAUUUGUAACAUACCUAAUAUAUUAUCAACGUUAAAGUUUUCUUAUUUUUUCAAUUUUACGAUGAUGAUUACUCAUGAUUUACCUAAUCAAAUCUAAUAAAAAUAUAUCAAAAUUAUUAAAAUGGUUAAUACUGAUAAAUAAAUAAAGUAAAUAAAUAUAGUGAAUAAAUAUAUAAAUAAAAAAUGUAUAUAAAAAAAAUUAAAUAAAUAAAUAGGCCACUACAUCGCUUGGGGUAAUAUGAUAAAUAUUAUAUGACCGGUUUCUAAUUAAAAAUUCAUCAUCAGGUAUAUCACAGUGAAACUGUAAAGCGUGACUGAAUAUAUAAAAUUAAAUGAAUAUAUAGAAAGAAAAAAAAUGUUAAAAAAUUGGUCGUUUUUCAUAGAAUCUAGAAAAAAUGUAUUUUAAUAGGAGAGAUUAUUUAAAAUUAGUUAUUAUUAGAUAUAUUUAGAAAUUUAAAUUAUUUGGUUAUUAUUUAUUAUCUAUAAUAUAUUGAUAUAAGAUAUCAUUUUUAAAAUUGGUUUGAACUAUUAAAAUUAUUUUUCUUUAUUUUAUUGGGUAUUUAAUAUUUCUUAGUCUGUAUUAAUAUCAAAACUUAUAUUAUAGUUGUUUUCUAAAACAUGUUUAGCAAAAUUUAAAUUAGGGGCAGUCUUUUUAAAUUUUAUUUCAGAAAUUUGAUCUUUGCAUCUUGUUUUAAAAUGUCUAUUUGUGCUAUCUAUAUAAAACUUAUUACAGUUAAAUUUAAGUUUAUAUACACCAGCAUUUUCAUAAGAAGGGGGAUUUUUGUAAAGUUUUAAGUUCUAAUGUUUAUAUGUUUGAUUAUUAUUAGUCUUAAAGUGUUUUUUUAUAUUAUUCGUAUUAUUGUUCAGAAUUUUAGCGAAUUCUUUAGACAUUAUUUUGAUAUUUCAUACUACAAUAGUUAACGACAUUAUUUGGUGAGUUGUUUAUUAUUUUUUCUUUAAGACGUUUAUGAAUUUGUUUAAUAGUAUUUAAAUUGAAAUUAUUUCUAUGCUCUAUAUUAUAGAUAAUAUUGAGCUCGUGUUGAUAAUUAUGUUUAUUUAAUGAAAUACGUUCAAGCCUAUAGACUAUUGAAUUGAAAACUAUCAUUUUUUAAUUCUCACAUAAGCAAAAACAAAAUUGAUGGCAUUUAAAUUAUUAGGUUGUAAUUAUUUCACAUCCCCCAUAUAUCUUACAAUUUCCUUCUAAAUACCCCCCUGGUGUCUGUCUCCCUCGUUCUGCUAAACUAACCCCAUUUUUGCAUUGUUAUUUUAAUUAUCUGUAAAAUUGUGUAACUAUUGUGUAAUUUACUUUACUUUUUAAUUGCACUUUUAAUUGUCCAUUUGUAGUAAUAAAUAAAUCCAUAGAAAUGAUGUAAUUAAAAAAUUAUGUAUAAAAUCUAGUUUUAAUUACUUAAUUACAAUUUUUUUUUUAAUUUUUUUAUAAUUAUUAUUUGAAGAUCCACAUAAUUAAGACACCUGCAUAAAUUUUCUUUUGAUUAUUUUCGGGAAUUUAAUUUUUUUUUUUAAUUUACCUACCUAAAGUAAUAUGACAGCUACAUAAUAAUUUCAUUAAUAACAAAUACAAUUUUUUGAAAAUAAUAAUUCAAUUGUACUUAUAAUUUAUUAUUUAUAAUGAAAGUUAAGUUAGUUUUAUCUUAAAAUUUUACAAAUAUGUUUAUGCAUAUUACAUUUUAUAUGUGUAUGUAUUUUAGAUGCCUCAACAACAAAAAGAAUUGUGGCCAAAAAUCCUAUUGUUGAAAUGGAUGGAGAUGAAAUGACUAGGAUCAUUUGGGAAAAAAUAAAAGAGACACUAAUUUUCCCCUAUAUAAAAGUUUGUUUGUUUUAUUAUUUGUAAAUAUUUCAUGUUAAUAUUUGUUUUCUUAUUUGUUUCAUCUUAUAGCUAGAUUGUUUGUACUAUGAUCUUGGUCUGCCCCAUAGAGAUGCAACUGAUGAUCAAGUGACAAUCGAUGCUGCACAAGCUACAUUACAGCAUAAUGUAGGCAUUAAAUGUGCCACCAUAACACCUGAUGAAGCUCGUGUUGAAGGUAUAUAAAUGUAAAAUUGAAACAUGUUAGAUUAUUACUAUUAAUGUUUAUUUUGUAGAAUUUAAAUUGAAAAAAAUGUGGCUCAGUCCUAACGGCACUAUACGUAAUGUUCUUGGUGGUACUGUAUUCAGAGAACCGAUUAUUUGUAAAACUAUUCCAAGACUAGUGCCAGGUUGGACAAAACCUAUUGUUAUUGGCAGACAUGCUCACGGUGAUCAGUACAAAGCUACUGAUUGCUUAAUACCUAGGCCUGGACAGGUUUGUAAUUUUUUAUUAUUAUUAAAAUUAAUUUUUUUAUGAACCGUAACUUAUUGAUUUGUUUGUUCAUUAGUUGGAAUUGGUGUUUACUGAUCAUAAAGGCCAAGUGGAGACACUCAAAGUGUUUGACUUUAAAAAACCGGGCGUUGCUAUGGCCAUGUAUAAUUUAGACGAUUCAAUAGCUUCAUUUGCUCAUUCUAGUUUUCAAGUAUGUAUACACAAAGUAUUUUCAAAAUAUAUUAAUGUUAUUAUAAUUAUUUCUGUUAUUUUAGGUAGCUUUAUCAAAAAAAUGGCCACUUUAUUUAUCUACAAAAAAUACCAUUCUUAAGAAGUAUGAUGGCAGAUUUAAAGAUAUUUUCCAACAAAUUUUUGAAGCGUAAGUAAAAAAAUAUACCUCAUAAAAGGUAUGAACUAAUUAUGAUUAAGAAACUGUGUUUAUCUGUAGAAAUUAUAAAUCUCAAUUUGAUGCUGCCAAAAUUUGGUAUGAACAUCGUUUAAUUGAUGACAUGGUAGCACAAGCGAUAAAAGGAGAUGGUGGUUUUAUUUGGGCAUGUAAAAAUUAUGAUGGAGAUGUUAUGUCUGAUAUUAUUGCACAAGGAUAUGGUUAGUAGUUUUUUUUAAUUUUUUAUUUUGUUUUAACAAUAAUAUUUAUUUUCUAGGUUCUUUGGGACUGAUGACUUCAGUUCUUGUAUGUCCCGAUGGUAAAACUAUAGAAUCUGAAGCUGCUCAUGGAACUGUUACUAGACAUUACAGGUAUCUAAUUAAAUAUGUGAUGAUUAUAAUAUUAUAUGGUGUUUUAUUGUAAAUAUAAUUUUUAGACAACAUCAACAAGGAAAACAAACUUCAACAAAUCCAAUUGCAUCAAUAUAUGCUUGGACUCGUGGUCUUCAACACAGAGCAAAACUUGAUAAUACUCCUGAACUUGCCAAGUACAUUUUAUUAAUAUUGAUUAUUUUAAAUAAUAAUAAAUUAAUCCCAUAUUGUAUAGAUUCUGCAAUACUCUGGAAGAAGUUUGUGUUCAAAGCGUUGACGCUGGCCACAUGACCAAAGAUCUUGCGGCUUGUAUUCAUGGUCUUAAAAAUGUAAAAGAAGGAAUGUAUUUGAAUACUAAUGAUUAUUUGGAGAGCGUGAAAGAACAUUUGGACAUCAAAUUAAAACAGUAAGCAUACAGUUAGGGCAAGUCUAACUUGAAAUAAUAUCAUAAGGUAUUAUAAUACGCAUGCAUAAAAAUAAUCAACACUAUUAUUCCCGUUUUAAUUUAAAUAUAUUAUAACAUACUAAAUUCUCUAAAAUUCAGUUGUCUAACCGAAUAAUUUUUCCUAUGUGUAGGGAUACUAAAAAACUGUUUGCAUCAAUUGGCGCAGUUUGAAGAGUGUGACUUAUUGCUACAACUAAUCAUGUACCAUUUGAUAUAAUAUACAUGUUUAUGCAAGAUGACAACAUUCAUAUUUACAUAUAUUAAUAGCAGAUUAAAUCAAAAUCCACUCAUUUUCUGUUUUAAACCUUUUUUAAUUUUUAUUUUCACGCACAUUUAUAAAUACAUAUUUAUUAUAAAAAAUUGUAUAUUUUUUUAUAAUAAUUACAACUAUUUAACUAGUUUAUUAAAUUAAAUUAACUAAAUUAUUUACUAAUGAGUUAUUUGAAUAACUUAUAAAAAAACAAAAUAUCUAUUAUUCCAUUUAAUACACCUGCAUUAAUUUCUGUGAUAAAUUUUGCAUUUAGUGAUUUAAGUUUUUCUAAUGCAUAAUUAUACAUUAUGUUGUAAACGUAUAUUUUUCUAUAAUUUUUUACAAGGUAAUUCACACGAAACAAAAAAUACGUUCUUUGUGAAUAAUGUCUAACCAAGUCUUGCACUUAAAAAUCACCUUUAUUGCAUAGUUACAUGCUACUAUUUUUAUUAAAAUAUUAUCCAAGUAACCUAUUGGAUGAUGUAUUUUUUUUAUUAAUAUUUAUCGUUGUCAGUUCAGUUCAGUUAUGUUAUUAAUUGAUUAUUAUUAUAUUUAAAAACGCUUACGUGACAUUUUAUUUGUUGAUAACUGUUAUUAAUAGCAGUUCUGAUUAUUUAGUAUUAUAGCGUAAUGUUCAAUUUUGUUAUUAUACAAUUUUACGAGUAAUGAUAAAUAAUUAUGUAUUGACCAAGAUAUACUCGAUUAUAAAUUGUAGUUUUUUAUCAAUCAAAUAUUUAUUUUUUUAUAAAGAUUUUAGUUUGCUGUCUGUGACUAGUACAGUAUGUUAAUAUUUUUAGAAUAAUUAAUACCACCGUUAUAGUUAUUUAAAUGAAUUGUAUUUUUAUAUAUCGUUGAAAUUUAUGUCUGAAUGUUUGUAAAUUAUGUGAUAAUGAUUGUUAUUUGACUCAAAAUAUAUUUGUUUAUAAACAAUUUAA